AUAUCAUGGAUUGGUCCCUACUGGAGCUGGCUGCCUCCAGAGACCAUCUGAUUCAGGUCCCUGAUUAGUCAGUAUGGCCAGUCUUCUGGAGCAGGCGUUGGCUACUAUCGUGAGCACCUUUCAGGAAUAUUCACAGCUGUCUGGAAACCCGCUCUGCCAGGCGAAGUUCAAGGAACUCCUGGAGAAGGAGCUGCCUACCUGGACCCCGACGACGCUUCGGGAGUGUGAGUACAAGCAGUUCAUCAGUGUCCUGGACACCAACAAGGAUUGCCAGGUGGAUUUUGUGGAGUACAUGCGCCUGCUCGCCGGCCUCUGCGUCUACUGCCACGAGUCCUUCAAGGACAGCCCCCUGAAGCCCUCCUGCUCCCAGUAAUGGGCAGGGCAGCUGUCGGAGGGCAGAGGUCAGGGUCCUCUCGGGACCCACUCCGUCUCUGCCCCGAGGUCAUCCUGGGCACAUCAGCUCUCCCCUUCCCAGCCCCCCGGGCCCCUCCUUCUAGAAUCUCCCAGGCUUGCCCCUGGUGUGCCAACCCAUGAGUCCAGGAUACAUGAGAGGACCAUCCCCAGAAUCACAGCUAGUGAUCUGAAGAGGAGCCAGCCGCUGCCUCCCCCC